AGCCCGAGUAGCCCAUGGCGGGCAGCGAUGUGGCAUGUGAGGGGCCAACACGGAGGGGAGGCGCCACCCGGAGCCCCGGGGCUCCGGGCGGGCUGCGCAGCCAGGCAGCGGCGAGCUGCCCGGAGCCGCUGUCCGCUGCUGAAGCCCCGGCCGAGCGCGGCGCGCUGCCCGCCUGGAUGCGCCUCUACUUCUACGGGAUGCACGGCAUCACCCUGGACGUGCUGGUGUCCUCCGCCAGGCGCUUUGCCCGCAGCCUGGAUCUGCGGAUGCUGGGCUUCUCAUCGCCCUACCGCUGCCUCCUGCACUCGCUCACUCACUUCGCCCUGGAGCAGCUCUACCUGCAGCGGCCGCGCUGCCCCAGCGCCUUCCUCUUCAAUUUCCUGCUAUACCCCUGGGCACACGUGGGGCUGCAGACCCUGGCGGGCCAGGCGCUGCUGCUCAGCCUAGGUGGCGGGUCGGGGAGCGCGGUGGCGCCGGGGGCGCUCGACCUAGCACUGCAGUACAUACUGGCGCUCUACCACGGCCAAGUGUUCCUGAAGCGCUUCCUCCGUUUGCGGUACCCGCGGCAGCGCCACCAGCAAACCAGGGACACUCUACCGGCAGCCCCGGACUCCCGAGUCCUUUUGGAGGCUGGUGGCCCGCGACAAGGACCCUGCGACCCCCAGGGCGAAGAAGGUGCUCCUAGCCAGGGACUGCCAGACCUCCUCCGCUUCCUUUUCUUUGGAAUGCAUGGCUUUUUGGAUGAGAUCUUCUUCACCUUCUUCUUCAAUGUUCUGGGGCAGGGGGACGGGUCCAGCAGUGGGCACACGUCGCUCUGGUCCUUCUUCAUGUAUGGCAGUUGUAGUUUUGUGGUGGAAAAACUCUACUUUCACCUUCACCACAGCCGUGGCUGGGGCACCUGGAAGCGGGUGCCCAUCUAUGUGAUUUUUAUCUAUGCCUGGGAGUUGUCCUGGGGUCUGGGACUUCGCAUGUGUGGGGCCUGUUCUUGGGACUAUUCUCACUAUCCGCUCAAUUUCAUGGGCCUCAUCACUUUGAUGUAUUUGCCUGGUUGGCUAUUCCUUAGUGUGUACCAAGACCUACUUUCCAACGUGUUGUGGAGGGUUCAGUAUGUCCCAACGAACUAAGACUGGGGG